AUGCCCAGGCAGACACAGUUCCAGAUGGCUAUUCUUUUAUACCUUAUCAUUCCAAAAAACCCUAAAGCUGUUCUACUGGACCAGGGUUUUACCAUAGGCUCCAGCAAACGGCCCACUAUCACCACACUCCCACCUCUGUGCUUUAGAGUGUCAGGACCACAUCUGAGCCAAACAAACGUCGACCUUCCGUCGGCUCGAAAUCAGGCUCCUUUUCAGGGUUGUGUUCCGCUGCAGGGAUGCCAGGUGAACGAGCUCACAGCCAACCCAGACGAACCAGGAAGACACCUGUUUGAGAUCAUACCAGGCGGAACCGGAGAGAAAGAGCGGGCCCCCGUCAGCCAUGAGUCUUUCCUGCUCAUGGCAAACUCCCAGACCGACAUGGACGACUGGGUCAAGGCCAUACGGCGGGUCAUCUGGGCGCCGUUCGGAGGAGACAGGGACUGGAAUAGGUUGGGGAAAUGUGGGUUGGGCCUGCGUAAAAAACCCUCCCUGCUGCUGUGCAGCUCCUGUACGGUGAGGUACUACGAGCACUGCGAGCUGUCGGGCAGCUGCGACUGCUGCGGUCAACCAACAGGGAUAUUUGGCCAGAGGUUAGAGGACACGGUGCAGUACGAGAGGAAGUUCGGCCCCCGCCUGGCACCGCUGUUGGUGGAGCAGUGCGUGGACUUCAUCCGGGAACGGGGUCUGGAUGAGGAAGGUCUCUUUCGGAUGCCGGGACAGGCCAAUCUGGUCAAGGAGCUCCAGGAGGCCUUCGACUGCGGAGACAAGCCUUUGUUUGACAGUAACACGGAAGUCCACACCGUGGCAUCGUUGUUAAAACUGUACCUACGAGAGCUGCCUGAACCAGUCAUCCCCUUCUCCAAAUAUGAAGACUUCCUAACUUGUGCACAACUUUUGGCCAAAGAUGAGGAAGAGGGGGUCCAAGAGCUUGAAAAACAAGUUAGCAUUCUACCUCUACCUAAUUACAAUCUGCUCAAGUACAUAUGCAAGUUUCUGGAUGAGGUCCAGUCCCAUUGUAAUGAGAACAAGAUGAGUGUACAGAACCUAGCCACAGUAUUUGGACCAAAUAUUCUUCGACCCAAGAUGGAAGAUCCAGUCACUAUCAUGGAAGGGACGUCUCUGGUCCAGCAUCUUAUGACGGUCCUCAUUAGGGAACACGACCGAUUGUACUCAGGGAGGGACCAGGAACGAGCUAGUUUACCUCAACCGGAGGUACCAUUCCAGGGACAUCAGCUCCAACACCGCAGCUUAGGAGCCUGGAUCUCCGAGGAGGACCUGCAGAGCUGUCCCGUCUCCAACCCCGACCAAGAACUUCACAGUAGUGCCUCGUCACUGGAUGCCAAACUGUGCGCAGCAGUCGCUCCCGCGCAGACCUCAAACCCCAACCCCGGGACAAAAGUCGGUUCCUCCGGAGGGAAGGGAGAACCGGUGGUGAGCCCAAGUAAACAAGCCAAGACCAUGCCUUCCUGGAAAUACUCGUUCAAAAGCUCCUCGGCACCUCGUUCCCAGCCUCAAGCCAAGCAGAGCAGCACCGGUGGCUCAGCGGCCGAUACAACCAGUGGUGGCGGAGGAGGCAACUGGCUCAUGAAUGGUCUGUCCUCCCUGAGGGGACACCGGCGCACGUCGUCGGGGGAGCGGUCGGCCCGCGAUCGCGACUCCACCGGCUCUUCCCAGAGACUUUCCACCUAUGACAAUGUCACCUGCUCCUCUAGCGGGGGGAGCGUCCCAAGCGUUUCCAGCACCCCGUGGUCCACGUCCUCCUGCGAGAUCUCGGCGCCCGACUCUGGCGGGGACCCCUCGGCACACCAGAACUUCGGAGUCGGCGUAGAGGGUGGCGAAAAGGGGGAGUGGCUGGAAAUGCAGAGGCAGGCGGAAGCAGAAAUGGGCGGGGGGAUGGUGACGGAGCCCAGCUCUGAACAGGACAGUAUCGAGGCCAUGGAACUUUGCACGAGCAGUGCGGCCGGCAGCGAGAACGGGAACUUGGCGGCUGGGGUGCCGUCCAUAAUCAUGACCGAAGACGGAGAUGGGACUAGCUUGACUCUGAGCAGUCUGGUGGAGGGAUUAAAGGAUGAGUUAACAAAGCAGAAAUCCACCUAUGAUGCAAGAAUUCAGAAACUGGAAGAGUCCAGUGUCGCUCUAUGUGCCCAGAUGGAGCGUCUGGAACAGGAAAUGGAGCAAGAGAAGAAGAAACAACGCAUGCUGGAGAUCAAACUUCGAAACUCUGAGCGAGCGCGGGAGGAUGCAGAAAAUCGCAACCGACUUCUGGAGAAAGAGAUGGAGGAUUUCUUUUCCACAUUGGGGGAUCUGGCCCUGGGUGCGAGAACAAUGACGACGUUAGCAGAAGCUCCUGUUUGUCUCAGCCUCAAGCGCUUCUGUGGUUUCACGUAG